AUGGCGGCGAGCGGCUCCGCAAACGCCAGACCCGUCCUCACCCACUUCCUGGCUAUCCCCCUCGUGCCCUCGUCGCCAACAUCCCCAGCGCGCAUCCAGCUGUCCCGGGCCCUGACCGCCUUCCGAGACGAAGUCACCACGGGGUAUGGGGUCCCACCGGACGCCGUGCGGCCGCCGGGCACUCUGCACCUGACGCUGGGCGUCAUGGCGCUCGGCGGGAACAACGGCGGUGGUGGUGAUUUGGCCAGGGCCGUGGCGCUGUUGAGGACCAUGAAGCCGCGCGAGGUGCUGGCCGAGGCUGCAGGGAAGGGAGGCGAGGGACUCCUGGGCGGUGACGGCGGCGGCCUGACGAUAUCGCUGCGUGGCUUGUGCACGAUGCAAAAGGACACCUCCAAGGCCACCGUGCUCUAUGCGCAGCCGACGCUGGUAUCCCAGCCGGCAGCGUCGCCAAACAUCCUCCAGUCGUUCUGUGAGCGCGUCGCGGCAGUGUUCAAGGACGCCGGCUUGAUGGUGGCUGAAAUCCGGCCGCUGAAGCUGCAUGCCACUGUGGUCAACACUAUAUACGCCAAGGGCGGGCAGCGGUCUUCGAGGAGAGGCGGCGGUGGGGGUGGUGGGAAGCGUUUCGGAAAGGACAAGGUGACUAUAGAUGCCACGGGCAUCUUGGAGAGGUUUGAAGACUACGUCUGGGCUGAAGAUAUUCAUCUGAACAGUUUGGUCAUCUACAGGAUGGGCGCAAAGAAGAUACGUCGAGAAGGUAUAGACAGCGGUGAACAUGAGGAAGAUGAUGCUGCGUAUGAAGUAGAGGCCGAGGUUGCGAUAUGA